GCGGUUUCGGUUUCGGUGCGGCCGCGGCGCGGCGAUCCUGAGCUGCUGCUGCCGCCGCUAUGGCAGCACACGGAGACGGAUUGGCAGCCAGGCCCCAGAAGGCACCGAAGAGCUGUAUGCCUUGGAAGAGCAGUGGGUUAAGCAAGCAGAGAAAUCCAGACAGCAGACAUUGUCCCCCAGCUCCUUUGUUUUGUGACCCCCCCACUUUCUUUUCAGUGCGGCUGCUGUGUUUCUGGGCUUUUGGCACCUGCACCGAGUGAGGCAACCGCAUAAAGGCAUGCAUCAUGUGUUGGGGUGUCACUGUGUGCUGAAAAGCUGCCACUAGCAGAUCAGUUCUUCGUCAGGAUAUGGAGCAGAAGCCACCUUUGCCUUUGACAACUGAGAGGAGGCUGAUCACGCAACAAUGCAGCCCUCAUUUCAGAAUGAUGAUCUAGACCUGGAAGCAGCCGUAGCAAGCGCCCGCCCCCAGCUAGUGGAGUUCCUCGGUCACUGUCUCGACUGGCUGUUCACGACCUCCCAGCGCUUCCUCCCAGAGGUGGCCCUGAGUGGCCUGGAUGGCAUCACUGACCGCAAAAUAAAAGCCUCAGUGCUCCUUGACCUGCUGGAGAAGGCUGGCCCUGCCACUUGGAAAGAGUUUACACAGUGCCUCUGCAUGGAGUGUGACCUCCCCCUGGAUCUGGAGACGCUGCUCAUAAGUUUUGCAGGAGAAGGUAACUUAAGCCAGAAACAAGAAGCACGCACAGAUGCGAGUGCCAGGUCGUCUGUGCCGAGACGUAAAGCUGGAACAGACCCCGGGGUGCUGUGCUCUUGGAGUUUGUCUUCUCUGCCCGUGGGCUGGGCAGGGCUACAAAUGUCCCACGUAUUGGCCACAGCACCGGCAAGUUGUGGGGAAGCCACUGCAACUUCAGGAUUUAUUCGACGUCGCCAUCACAACAGCUCUGAGAGCGAUAAGGACGUUAAAAAGCAACGACUAGAUUCCGCUGAAAAGUACCACCAUUUCCUCGUCGAUUCCAUGCGCCAGAGAUACGGAAGCAGGAGAGCAGCAGGAGCAGCAGCACAGGAACAAGCACAGCCACUGGCUUUCAACCAAGGCUUUGUCAACCUUGUCAUUCGGCAGAUCAAAGCCUCCCGCUUAAAAGAGAGAACAGAUAAACCCCGAGAGGAUGUGGCAGGUGCUCCUGAACCAGAAGAAUGUGUGGAUACAGCCAUGAAAGUGUCAGAUCUGUUUCGUGGUGUGGCCCCAUCAGGCAUGACAAAGGCGAUCUUUUUGUUUGGUAAGCCAGGUACAGGCAAGACCAUGCUAAUGCACAGGAUUUGUCAGAAAUGGGCAGAAGGUGUCCUACCUCAGUUUCUCUUCACUUUCCUGUUUGAGUUUCGGCAGUUGAAUUUAUUAAAAAGAAAAUUGACUCUGAAGGAGCUUUUGUUUGACUUGUUCCUUGAGCCAGAAGACAGCCCUGAUGCAGUGUUCCAGUACCUCCUGGAAAAUGCCUCUUAUACACUGAUCAUCUUUGAUGGACUGGAUGAGUUUGCAGCUAACAUGGACGUGUCAUCCUCUUCUAAGGGAGGCCCAUCUCUUACCUCCCAUAUGUCCAUAUCUGAGCUCUUUGUAAACCUCUAUCAUGGGAAGCUCCUGCCUGGUUGCACAGUGUUGGUCACCAGCCGACCUAAGAGACUACCUGACUUCUUAUUGAACACAGUAGAUCUGCUAGCAGAAAUUUGGGGAUUUGACCAUGAGAAGGUUGAGGAAUAUGUCAGCCGCUAUUUUCAUCAGCAUUCAUUCAAAGAGCAAGCCAUUGCUCACCUGAAGAACAACAUCAAGCUCCUCAGCCUGUGCUUGAUCCCUGCUCUGUGUUACAUUGUGUGCACCUGUUUGGAGUAUUUGCUCCUUAAACAUCAGAUGAAUGUGGAGCUUCCCCAGACUAUGACACAAUUUUAUAUCAAAAUGCUUCUCAUCUUCAUAAACAAACAGCAUGGAGAGCAUGCAGGUGAUGAGGAGACUCAGCUGAACUGUAACAGGAAAGCCAUUGUGGAUCUGUGUGAUCUUGCACUGAAAGGCCUGGAAGAUAAGAAGCUUGUAUUUUAUGUUGGUGAUAUUCCAGAGCAUGUGAAGGAAUUUGCUUCCUUACAUGGACUGCUGACUGUCUUUGAGGCGAAGACGAGUGGCACACACCCAGAGGCUGGCUAUGCCUUUGUGCACUUGAGCUUGCAGGAGUUUUUUGCAGCACUGUAUCUCAUGGUAAGUGAGAGGGUGGACAAGAACUACCUGAGGAAGAAGUUCUCUUUGAAGUCAAAGUGGACUUUAAAGAAUGAGGCAAAGACUGAAUUCGUGGAGAGUUUUCACAUCUUUCUCUCAGGCUUGUCGUCAAAAGAGUGUAGGACGUUUCUCAUGCUGUUGGCUGACCAAGAUGAAGCUUGGGUGCAGGAUAAGCAGGAUGCAAUCCUGCAGUCUCUCAAGAAACUGGCGGCCACUCAUCUGACAGGGCCUAAGGUCAUUGAGCUCUGCCACUGCACGUUUGAAACGCAAGACCUCAAAGUAGCCCAGCACAUCGGGAGCCUGUUGAAUUUCAAGUAUGAGUUUAAGAACUUUAGACUGACGACUUCGGACAUGUCGGCUUUGGUUUUUGUCAUAAACUCGGGCCAGGAUUUGACUCAUUUGGAUUUUGCAGGAUGUCUCAUGGAUGUUGACUGUUUGGAGGUUCUGGCUGGCUGUAAAAAUGUAGAGCACUUGAGCUUUCGUAGUAGGAGAUGUGGCGAUGACUUUGCUGCUGCUCUUUCAAAGAGCGUACAAGGGAUGGGGAACCUGAAGAAACUGGAGCUGACAGGUGGCAGCAUCACAGCUGAGGGGAUGUCUAACUUGGUCCAGGCUUUAUCACAGUGCCUCCAGCUCGAGGAAAUAAACUUGCAGGACAAUCGGAUACGGGAUCCGGACGUGAAGAGGGUGAUGGACCUGUUUUCCAGAAUGGAAAAGCUGAAGAAAAUAGAUCUGAGCAACAACGAUCUGUCCUUGAAUGCUGUUCUCAUUUUGGCAAAGGAAGUCAUUGCGUGUCAAAAUGCAACUGAACUGCUUGUCAGGAAGGACACCGUGAUUAUGUAUUUUUCUGGCCCAUCUGGGAAUUUUCCAAGAUCUUUGGAUUUGAGGUGGGAAGAGAAUAAAGAACAUGCCAUUCCAACUAGACAUGUGAAGUUAUGCUUGCAGGACUGCAGCCUGUCUCCCCAACAUGCAGAGGCGAUUGUUGCCAUUCUCCAGAGCUGUCCCUGUCUCUCCGAAGUGAAUUUAUCAGGUAACAAGCUUGGAGACAAAGGCUGCAGUUGCCUGCUGGAAAGCCUCCCUUGGAUAUCAAUUUCAGAGCAGCUGGAUCUCAGUCAAAACCACCUCUCUGUUAAUGGCAUUUGCAGUCUGUUGAAGUCAGUAAAUACCUGCCAGAAGAUGAUGGAGGUACAAGUCAGCCUUUGUCAUCAGACUGCAGUCCUGAGGUUUGCAGAAGACAGAGAAUUUGCAUCCCCUCCUCCUAGGGAAGAGCCUCUGUUCUCUACUGAUGAGCAACAAUAUGGAAAGGAACACCAGAGACCUACGGCCUCCAAAAAAAUAAGACUGACAGACAGUCGUUUUCAAGCCAGUGACCUGGAGAAGCUGUGUGCAGUCCUGAAGAAAUGUAGCAGCAUCUCCGAGCUGGAGCUGUCAAAUAAUAACCUAGGAGAUGAGGGACUUCUGCAGCUGUUUCAGUUCCUCCCGAAUUUGAAAAUGUUAAGUUCUCUCAAGCUUAAUGACAACCAGAUCUCCCUGAACUCUGUGUUUUUCUUAGCUCAGUCCUUAUCUACAUUGGAACACAUUAAAACAAUGAACCUCAGCUUAGGACACAGGCAGGUGGUUCAUCUGACCUUUUGGGAAAGGAUCAGGGCCAGAAGUACCAGCAGACGGAGAAGUAGUUUCCUGGCACAUCCCAAGCACGUGGCAAAAGGACGGUGCUUUCGUCUCAGGGACUGCAGAGUGGGUCCGGAGGACAUGACCAGGCUGUGCCAGAUACUGGCUCAAUGUCCCCAGCUGACAGAAAUUGAUCUGUCUGGAAAUUCAUUGAGUGACCAGAGCAUUGAGAGAUUACUGAGCUUCCUGCCAUACCUCUGUCAUCUGACACUGCUGAGCCUCUCCAGGAAUCAGAUGGGAGAUGAAGGCCUGCGGUGCCUCUUGGACCACUUGCAUCAAGCGCCUGUGACCUGUUCCCUCAAUCUCAGCCAUAAUAGGAUUUCUCAGGAUGGAGUUCUGCAUCUCAUAAAUGCCUUUGCCACAUCUGGAAAUACCACGGAAGUUCAAGUCAGUUUGUGCUCCAAAGCAACUUUAAUCAUCAAGCUGACAAGCAGAGAUGACCCAAGAAAGAUUUUGAGACUUGCAGAGUGCAACUUUCAGCCAGACCACUUGGAAAAGUUGUGCUCACUCCUGGAAAAGUGCACUGGUCUGACAGAGUACAGAUCCUCAAAUAACAACGUGACAGUCCAAGCUGCAGAGAGACUUUUGCAUUCACUGAGGAAAAACCUGGGUCCUCUGAAAAUCAGCAUAGAAGAGCCAUGGGUGCGUAAAGAAAGUGUCACAAACCUUCUCGAGCUGGCUGUCCAGGCCUGUGGAAACAUUACUGAGAUCACGAUAUGUAAAGAGAAAACCCUCUUCCAAUUAGGCGUAAGGUUCCCACGCUGCCCAGAGAAGGUGGAAUCAGUUGUUAGCAGACUGAAUCUGUACAAGCCAGAAGUCGAGCAUGCGUGCUUCUACCAAAGGAUUCGUGAAAAAUGUGCUCAGCUUCAGGAACUGAGAUGGUCCCAUGUUGAGCUCCUUAAUGAUGAAGCAGAAAUGCUAGUCAGGAUUUUGCUACCUCUUCCAGACCUGAAGAAGUUCGGGCUGACCUCUAGCAGUAUUACGCCAACUGGAAUUGAUUACUUGAUCGCGGGCUUGCAGAAUUGCCAGGCCAUUGAAGAGCUCAACCUGGGCUACAUGAAACUCAGCAGUGCCGCCAUUCCUAAGUUUGUGCUGGGGCUUCGUGAAAUGCCAUCUCUGAAAAGGCUUAUCUUGAACCACAACAGUAUUGGUAAUGAUGGCUGCUCCAGACUCGCAGAAGCGUUCAGGAGUAUGCACUACAUGGAGGAAAUCAAUUUAAGCCACAACAACAUUGGAGAUCCAGGCCUGAUAAAUCUAGCUGCUGUCCUGCUGGAAAUGCAAAACCUGAAGAGAAUCGACCUUUCAGGGAACAGUCCUAGUCCUGCUGGAGGGGAAAAGCUGAUGGAAGCUCUUACCUAUUGCAAGCACAUCGAGGAGCUACUACUAUCAAGGAAUGGUUUUGGAGACAGGACAGCAGUGAAACUUGCCCUCUGUCUGCCUCACACGACCAACCUCAAGAUCCUGCACUUGCAGAACAAUGGCAUUGGGCCAGCAGGAGGGAUGGAGCUGGCCAGAGCCCUGGUGGCAUGUGGGCUGCUAGAAGAGAUAAGUUUAUCAGAAAAUGACCUUGGGGAAGGAAGUAUCCAUGCGCUGUCCGAGGGGCUGCCGUGCUUUGAAUACCUCCGGAAGAUUGAGUUGAAACUCUGUGGAAUUACUGACGAUGCUUCAAAAUCACUUUCUCACAGCUUCCGACAGUGCCCAUCCAUGGAGGAGAUAAUAUUGUCUUGGAAUGCCCUUGGUGACAGAGGAGCCCGAGAGCUGGCCAGUGCUCUCCCAGGGAUGGAAAAGCUGAAGAUGUUAGAUCUGGAGAAAAAUCACAUUAGCGCCUGCGGGGCCAGAAAGCUAGCAGAGGAACUUGCCAAGUGCCCGGAAAUUCAGUUCAUAAGGCUGUGGGACAAUCCAGUGCCCAGGGGCCUCGCUGAGAAUUUGACAAGCCAAGACCCAAGACUGUGUUUCUCCUUCUACUAGUGAAGAAGAGCCCUUGCCUGACUAGGAAUUGCUCUUCAUCUCCAACUCCCCUCAAAAAUUGCACUGAAGAAUCCAGGAAAUCAAAGUUCCUGCAAAGUUGAAAACUGUAACUAUUAGGUCUUCCUUUGUUGCACUGAACCAAGUGUGAACACUUAGUGGUGUUUUGGUUUUUUGUGAGCUUUUAUUGUACAUAAAAGCAAAAGACUCUGAAGAAUCACUGCUGAGAAGACAGUGUUCUUGGUGUAAAAACAUUUCGAACUCUCUUGAAGAGGAUGAGAUGCAUCUGCUCAGGCAUUCAGAAAGCCAGCGAUGUAUUUAAUUAUCUGUAGUCAAGAUUACAACACCUACAUGGUGUUCCAAGAAAAGAAUGCCCAGAGAGGUUGUGGCUGCCCCUGGCUCCCUGGCAGUGUUGAAGGCCAGGUUGGAUGGGGCUUUGGGCAACCUGGGCUGGUGGAGGGUGUCCCUGCCUAUGGCAGGGGUGGGACUGGAUGGGCUGUGAGGUCCCUUCCAACCCAAACCAGGCUGGGAUUCUAUGAAUGCACACCCUCCAGGAGAGGACGUAAAAUUAUUGACAAAAUUGUAAACUAUUGAACCAGUUACAAAUGCACUCAAACAGGCAAAUUGUAUAUAACUAUGUUGGAAAUACCUCUACGAUUUUUGGGCCAAAAAUGAUGAUACAUGAUUUUGUUUGCUUCAUAUUAUGCUCCUUUUCAUACAGAAUUGCUUCAGUUUCCUAGCAGAAACUUCAGGACUUUUGAAAUUUCAAAUCAUUGCCCAAAAAUGAUCAAUAUUUGUACCGUGAUAACACGGAAGGGCUGAUAUCACGGCUGAUUCAGUGAGAAACCUUAAAGUACUGAGGUUGUAAAACAAUUUGUAAGAAAACUGUGACUAUUCUGUGUGAGAGGAUGUGCACUACUGGCUGUUUUCACGUGGCAUUUUAUUGACCCUUGUGGGGUUUUUGGAAAAAUUGAUUGCACUAACCUCUUUGAGGUGAAGCGAGGGGUCAGUUAGCUUGAAAUGUUGGUAGAUCCUUCAAGUCUCUACUGUCCUCUGAAUCCCAAAGCCUACGUGUGGCAGGGCAAUGGAUGUUGGACCAGUGGGAACCAGAGGGAGAAGAUCCCAAACGCCGAGUUUGCUGCUCGGUGGAGGAGAUGGACUACAGCUGCUCCUUGCACGUAUGGAAAGACAGCUUGAGUUGCAGCAGCGUGACCACAUCGUUCUCAUUAUUUAUUAACUUGUGUUAUAAUGUUUUCCUUCCAUGUUUGUGCUGUAAAUAUUUAAUCCUUGUGGUGGAUUUAGUUAUGGAAUUUUGUUUUCAGCAGUGUUUGCCUGGGGAGACGUAACUGAUCCGAUUUGGGCAGGGCGGGCAUUCGAGUGGUAAUGCUGGUCCAGCAAACCUUUGGGCAGAGGACGUGGACAGCUGGUGCCUGCUAUUCGUGGGGAGCCACUGUCCUUAUUAAAAGACCAGGAUUAGACUCUGAAAUACCGACAUUGUUGUGUAGAGGCUGGGCUCAUUUUGCAGAGACCGUACUCUGAAAAUGGCUUAAAAGCAACAACAAAGAAAAAAAAUGUAGUAAAAUUCCUUAUUAGGCCAUAAUUCAAUGAAGUAAUCAAGUACCUGAGAUUCAAACACUGAAAUUUAGGAAAACCUUCACCAAAUGUGGCUUUUAUUUUCAUUCUGUGUUUUCAGAUCUAGUUUUCAGAUACAAAUCUUCCUAGCGCCCAUCAGAGGAAGAGUGUGGCACAAAAGGCAGCAUGAUCACGUACUGAAAGGUGUCUCGAUGCCGUUAGCUCUUCACAGCUUUCAAGGUGAGCGUGUUUGUCAGCUGGGCUGUCCUCUGGCCCUGGUCUCCCAGGACUUCUUUUGGAAAUACAAGAGGUUGGACAGCUGUAACAGUCCGUUUUGGUCCAGGCUGUGAGUCGAAAAUUCUUUUUUCCCUGCAUUUUAAACACCAUUUUCAUAGGACUAAGUACGAUGUGUGCUAAAUAGUAGAGGCUGAGUUUUACUCUGUAUGAAGAAGGAAGGUACUGGGAUUGGACUUUUUCAUGCACUUGGUGAUGGCCAUUUUGUCAUCUUCGAUAGCAUCCAUAGCUGGAGCCUUUGCUGGUACCACAGGCCUGUGGACCGGGGGAAAAGCAGAAAAUAGCACUGUGUCGUGGUUUAACCAGCCGGCAGCUACAACAACCACACGGCCGUUGGCUCACCCCUCCCAGUGGGACAGGGGAGAGAAUCGAAAAGAAAAAAGAGUAAAACUUGUGGGUCAGGAAAAAGACAGUUCAGUGGGACAGAAAAGGAAGAUAAUAGUAAUAAUAGUGGUAAUAAGAAGGUACAAAACAAGUGAUGCACAGCACCCGAAGCCGAUGCUCAGCAAGUUCCCCAGCUGCUCCACUUCCCAGCCCACCCCCAGUUCUAUACGGAGCAUGACGCCAUAUGGUAUGGACUAUCCCUUUGGCCGGUCUGGGUCAGCUGUCCUGGCCGUGUCCCCUCCCAGCCUCUUGGUCGCCCCCCGCCUUCCCCUUGGCAGGGCAGUGUGAGAAGCUGAAAGGACCUUCACUGCUGGGCAACAGCUAAAAGAUUAGUGUGUUAUCAACAUUAUUCUCAUCCUAAAUCCAAACCACAGCACUGUGCCACCCGCGGGAAAGAAAAUUAACUCUAUCCCUGCUGAAACCAGGACACAUGGCAAGCAGAUCUCUGUUCAGCUCCAUCGUAUCAUCUCCUGAUACCACCCACUCCUGCAUUUGAAUUUGUUCAGGUGUCAUGAGAAGUUAUUUGCCUCCUUUACUGGUGUGAAACAUGCUUUCUUAUUGUUUCUUCUUUGUUUGAUGGGGAAAAAUGUACUUUAAGUAAAUAAGAAUGCUG